AUGGAGACCUGGGCAGCCACGCUCACCCUGGGGAGGAAACGCGAAGGUGGAGGGCGAGGGGCAGAGCAGAGUCUGUCCCCAGCGCUGGCCUCCCACCAGAUCAAAGGUGAGACUGAGAAUCCAGACCCGGCCUGGCCAACUGGACGGUCGCACCAUGAGGUGGGUGGGAGCCCCCCGCAGCCUCCCUGGCAGGGGCGAGGAGUGGCAGCAGGUCCCCAGACCCUCACCACCCUCCUGUGCCCCCCCCCCCCCAGGCUGCUGAUCCUCCUGGGCCUGCUCUGGGGCUCGACAGCCGCCCCCGGGGGCACACAGUGGCCGCAGCCCGUGUUCGGGCGCCUGGCGUCGCCUGGCUUCCCGGGGAAGUACCCGGACGACCAGGAGCUGCGCUGGACCCUGACGGCGCCCCCGGGCUACCGCCUGCGCCUCUACUUCACCCACUUCCACCUGGAGCUCUCCUACCGCUGCGAGUACGACUUCGUCAAGCUGAGCUCGGGGACCGAGGUGCUGGCCACGCUGUGCGGCUGGGAGAGCACGGACACGGAGCAGGCCCCGGGGAACACCACCUUCUACUCGCCCGGCCCCAGCCUGAACGUCACCUUCCGCUCCGACUACUCCAACGAGAAGGCGUUCACGGGCUUCGAGGCCUUCUACGCAGCAGAGGGUGAGGGAGAGGCCGGGCUCGCUGACCCCUGGGUCCCCCUGGCAGGCCAGGCCUCCCUCCAGGCUCCCAGCCCCCGAGGCUGGACUCCUGGCAAACCAGUGCAGGGCCGCGACCCAGACCAGUGCGUGUGGCGGUCACGCCGCCAGCCCAGGCUCACGCCCUCUCCCCUCUUCCCAGCUCUGUGCUCAGGCCAGGUCUUCACCGAGCGGUCUGGGGUGAUCAGCAGCCCGGAAUACCCACAGCCGUACCCCAAACUCUCCAGCUGCACCUACAGCAUCCGCCUGGAGGAGGGGUUCAGUGUCAUCCUGGACUUCGUGGAGUCCUUCGACGUGGAGACGCACCCCGAAACCCAGUGCCCCUACGACUCCCUCAAGAUUCAGACAGACAAGAAGGAAUUCGGCCCAUUCUGUGGGAAGACAUUGCCCAGCAGGAUUGAAACUAAGAGCAACGCUGUGACCGUGACCUUUGUUACUGACCACUCGGGGGAACACACAGGCUGGAAGGUCCACUACACCAGCACAGCUCAGCCGUGCCCUGAUCCGGUGGCGCCACCUCAUGGCCACAUCGCACCUGUGCAAGCCACGUACAUCCUGAAAGACAGCUUCUCCGUGGUGUGCGCGGCUGGCUACGAGCUUCUGCGUGGUCAUUUGCCCCUGAGAUCAUUUACUGCCGUCUGUCAGAAGGAUGGAUCGUGGGACCAGCCGAUGCCAGAAUGCAGCAUUGUUGAGUGUGGCCCUCCUGAUGACCUGCCCAACGGCCGUGUGGAGUACCUCUCGGGUUCUGAGGUGACGACGUACAAAGCUGUGAUUCAGUACCGCUGCAAUGAGAUCUUCUACACCAUGGCAGGAGGUGAUGGUAAAUAUGUGUGUGAGGCUGAUGGAUUCUGGACGAGCUCCAAAGGAGAAAAAUCACUCCCAGUCUGUGAGCCUGUUUGUGGACUAUCAGCCCGUACGAUAGGAGGUCGUAUAUAUGGAGGGAAAAAUGCAAAGCUUGGUGAUUUUCCUUGGCAAGUCCUGUUAUUAUUAGGCGACACCACAGCAGCAGGUGCACUUUUGAAUGACAACUGGAUCCUAACGGCUGCUCAUGUCGUAUAUGAGCAAAAAGAUGAUGCCUCCUCCCUGAACAUUCGAAUGGGUGCCCUGAAGAGACUGUCGCCUCAGCACACACAAGCCUGGGCAGAGGCCAUUUUCAUCCAUGAGGGCUACAGGCAUGCUGCUGGUUUCGAUAACGACAUAGCGCUGAUUAAACUGCAGAACAAAGUUGCCAUCAACAGCAGCAUCAUGCCUAUCUGCUUGCCGGGAGAAGCAGCUGAAUCCUUCAUGAGGACAGAUGACAUUGGAACUGUAUCCGGAUGGGGAUUAACCCAAAGGGGUUUUCUUGCCCAAAGUCUGAAGUUUGUUGACAUACCAAUUGUUGAUCAUCAAACAUGUGCUGCUGCCUAUGAAAAGAAGCUGUAUCUAGGGGCAAAGGUAACUGACAACAUGCUUUGUGCUGGCGUAGAGAGUGGGGGCAAGGAUAGCUGUGGAGGCGACAGUGGAGGGGCAUUAGUGUUUCUCGACAAUGAGACACACAGGUGGUUUGUGGGAGGAAUAGUGUCCUGGGGCUCCAAUAAUUGUGGGGAAGCACAAGUGUAUGGGGUUUACACAAAAGUCAUUAACUAUAUUCCCUGGAUCAAGAAAAUAAUGAGUAACUUUUAGCCCUCACCGGUUUGGCUCAGUGGAUAGAGCGUCGGCCUGCGGACUCAAGGGUCCCAGGUUCGAUUCCAGUCAAGGGCAUGUACCUGGGUUGCGGGCACGUCCCCAGUGGGGAGUGUGCAG